AUCAUGGACGGCGAGUUUACUCGGACGAUCUACGGCUUUAUUCGCGAUCGCCAAUAUGCCGAUGCCAUCAAAAUCCUCCAGCAGCAGCUAGAAAUGCAGCCGAGCUCUCUGCCCGCGUUGUCGCUGCUAGGCUACUGCCAAUUCCAUGUUCAAAACUUUGAUGCCGCGGCCGAGUGCUACGCCCAAGUGUCCAAGGAGUACCCGGAGCAAGAUAGCUACAAGCUGUAUCACGCCCAGGCUUUGUACAAGGCCUGCCGCUAUGAAGAGGCCAUGGACGCAGUCGUCAAGAUUGACAACCCGGACAUGCACAACGAUAUCAUGAAGCUUCAAGCGGCAAUCAAGCAAGGCAUGGGUGAUCUGGCCGCAGCACGCAGCAUGGUGGAGCAAUGCCCGGCCGAUGACCUGGACACCAUUAUCAACGAGGGUUGCCUUUUGGUGGCAGAGGAGCGCUACAAACAAGCCAUUGAAAAGUUUCACCACGCAAGCAACGUUGGAGGCUACAAUGCCCACCUCAUGUACAAUCAGGCACUUUGCCAAUACCGCCUGGGCAAUUUCGCGGCCGCUCUUCGGCACAUUGCUACCAUCAUUGAGCGUGGUAUCCGUGAGCACCCAGAACUCUCGGUCGGCAUGCAAACGGAGGGCAUUGAAGUGCGUUCCGUGGGCAACACCAAGACGCUGCACGAUACCGCCUUGGUUGAAGCCUUCAACCUCAAGGCUGCCAUUGAAUACGACUUGCGCAAUUACGAUGCGGCCAUGGAUGCCUUGACGGACAUGCCCCCUCGUUCAGAGGAAGAGCUUGACCCUGUCACGCUGCACAAUCAGGCGCUGAUGAACAUGGAGGAGGAUCCAGAAACCGGCUUUGAGAAGUUGCAAUUCCUCCUACAAUCCAACCCGUGCCCACCUGAGACAUUUGGCAAUUUGCUCCUCUUGUACUGCAAAUAUGAGUACUAUGAUCUGGCGGCCGAUGUGCUGGCCGAAAAUGCCCAUUUGACCUACCAAUGUCUCACGCAGUACCUGUACGAUUUUCUGGAUGCCACAAUCACGCGCCAGACAUCGCCGGAGGAGGCCUUUCGCCGCCUCGAUGAAAUGUGUAGCCAACACACAGAGCAGCUACGUAAGCUUACGCGCCAGGUCCAGGACGCGCGCACGGCCCAGGACGAGGAUGCCGUGAAGAAAGCCGUCAACGACUAUGACGAGUGUCUCGACCGCUACAUUCCCUGCCUCAUGGCCCAAGCCCGAAUCUACUGGGAUCUUGAAAACUAUGCGCAAGUUGAGAAGAUCUUCCGCAAGUCAGUGGAAUUUUGCAAUGAGCACGACGUUUGGAAGCUGAACGUGGCACAUGUGCUCUUCAUGCAGGGCAACAAGUACAAGGAGGCGAUUGGCUUUUACGAGCCGAUUGUACAGAAAAAUCUCGAAAACCUGCUGGACAUUUCGGCCGUUAUUCUGGCCAAUCUGUGUGUCUCCUACAUUAUGACGUCGCAGAACGAGGAUGCCGAAGAACUGAUGCGGCGCGUCGAGAAAGAAGAAGAAGAGCUCGCCCUGGAGGAUCCAGACCGCAAGGUUUUCCAUUUGUGCAUCAUCAACCUUGUCAUUGGAACCUUGUAUUGUGCCAAGGGCAACUUCCAGUUUGGCAUCAGUCGUGUUAUCAAGAGUCUCGAGCCGUAUAGCAAGCGCCUGGGCUGGGAGACCUGGGAGUACACCAAGCGCUGCUUUUUGGCCCUCAUUGAAGGCAUGGCCAAGCAGAUGAUCACCUUGCCGGAUGUUAUCACAAUGGACAUUCUGGACUUUCUCGAUGCCUGUGAAGAGCAUGGCAAGGGCGUGCCGACCAUUGAUCAGCUGCCCAUGUUCCAGAUGGAUGCCUUUGACCUGGGCAAGCACACCGUUGCCUAUGAGGCUCGCUACAUUAAAAGCCUCUUUCAGCGUGUGACCAUUUAA